AAAGUAUUCCGAAUAGUCGUCGAUUGCGAGACCGCGAACUUAAAAUGCCCGAUAGCCUAGAUACAGAACAAUUCAAUGCCGAUGAGUUGGAGGCUCCGGCAUGGCUGAAUGCCCAGUUUAUUGCUGAAGUUCUGAGGACCAGCGAAAAGUGCCCGGAACUGGAGGUAACCGAUAUUAAAAUCACGCCCGCGAGUGCCCAAGGAGAUCACUACGCCAGCAUAAUGUUCCGCACUACCGCUGAGUACACCACUUCGAAGGGAGAGUUCUCCAAGCCCCUCAUCAUUAAGACGAUGCCCGAGGAGGAAGGACACAAGAAGGAAUUGCUCAGCGGCUCACACUUAUUUGACACCGAGGUUAGAUCCUACACCACAGCUCUGCCAGAGUUUGAGAGAAUCCUUCGGGAGGCAGGGGACGAUACCAAGCUAUUUGUGCCCUGUAUCUAUCACAGUGUGGAGCCAAGGCAGGUGAUGAUAUUCGAGGAUUUGGUGCCGCAGGGAUACUCCGUCAUCCGAAAGCGUCCAAUCACCCAGACCGAAUUAGAAACAGUUUAUGCCAAACUGGCCAAAUGGCACGCUGUUAGCAUGAAGCUCUUGAAUGAGCAGCCGGAUCUCUUGAAGGACUUCAAGUAUGGAAUGAUGGAAAUGCCAACUAUUUUGAAUGAUCCAAUGGUUACUACUGGAAUGGACAAUUUCUUGAAAAUGCUGGACCAGAUACCUGAACUUACAAAGUACAAGCCACACUUUGAGAAAAUAAAAGGGGACCUCAUAGAGCGCAUGGGGAACGUGAUGCUGGAGCAUCGAAAGAACAUUCAACCCGAUGGAUACUAUGUGAUGUGUCACGGCGAUUUCCAUCUGCGGAAUAUGAUGUUCAAGAAUGAUAGGGAGGUCAUGUUCAUUGAUUUCCAAGCCUGUAACCUGUGUCCCAUUACAAUCGACUUGAAAUAUUCGUUGUACAUGCUCAUGGAGCCGGAGCAGCGAUGGGAUCUCGGAAAGGAUCUUAUUAACUAUUACUUCUCGGUUCUGGAGGACACCUUAAAGAAAGUGGGCUACAAGGGCGAGAUGCCCACCAAUGAUGGCCUAUGGAAGCAAAUUUACCGACACAAGUUUUAUGACUUUUUCCUUCUAACCACUUUCCUGCCACUAUUUGUGGCCAUUAAGGCGAAUGAGUUUAAAGUAAACGAAAUACUUCAAGAUCCGAAGGUCAGACAAAAAUCCUAUCUAAGUGAAAUUUAUGUUCGAGAUGUCAAAAAGCUUUUGCCCAAAUACGAAGAACUUGGAUACUUUAACAAUCUCUGAAUUUUUGCAUUGAUAUUCCUCAUGCUUUUAUAAACAUGCGUACCAUUCCAAUUUAGAAUUCCUUUUUUUAAAAUCAA